AUGGUGAGUGCCAUGGGAGAUCGGACGGCAUCAGCGAUCCUUGCACUGUUGCUGCUCUCCUCCUGGUGUCUGAUGGUCGUGAUGGCAGGGAGAGGAAUGGAAGGAAGAGAGAAAAGGGUGGAAGAAAAGGCGCACAGAUCCCCAGAAGACAGGGGCCUCUUCAUACUGAGGAGGUCCAAGGAGGUGUUGAAGACUGAUGCUGGAAAGGUGCGGCUGGUGAUGGGUUACCGUUAUAGGGGCAACCACAGCCCCAUGCAUAUUGGCUUCAUCACCAUGGAGCCUAACACUCUCUACAUCCCCCAAUAUAUUGAUGCCAGCCUCAUUCUCUUUGUACGCAGAGGGGAGGCAAAAGUUGGAUAUAUCUAUAAGAAUAAGUUGGUGGAGAAGCGGCUUAGAUCGGGCUACAUUGAUGCAAUUCCGGCCGGGUCGUCCUUCUACAUCGUUAAUUCCGGCAAAAGCGAGAGAUUGCACAUCAUUUGUAGCAUCGACAAUUGGGAGAGCAUGGAUUAUGGCGCUUACCCGCAGUCGUUCUACAUUGGUGGAGGAGUGCACCCAAGAUCGGUGCUUUCUGGGUUUGAUGCCAGCACGCUUUCAGCUGCUUUCAAUGUCAGCUCUGAUCAACUAGAAAUGGUCUUGAACAGGCAGAGGGGUGGUCCUAUCAUUCGCCUUAGUGGUGAGGCGGCUGACCAACCUGACUAUUUGUCUUCCAUAAUGCAACUGAAAGAGAGAAUGGUCCAAGAGAAAGAAAUGGAUUCCGAUGACGAUGAUGAAGCUGAACAAGAGGAAGAUGAUUUAUGGACAUGGCGAUGCCUUCUCAAAUCUCUGCUUGGAAAGGGCGACUGCAGGGUGCAGAGAAGGCACAGGUUGGUCCACUCACCAGCAUCAUACAACCUCUAUGACACAAAGCCGAGCUACCGGAACGACUAUGGGUACAGCAUUGCCAUUGAUAAGCAUGACUAUUCCGCUUUAAGACACUCCAACCUUGGGGUCUAUCUCGUCAACCUCAAAGCGGGAGCGAUGCUAUCACCGCAUGUGAACCCAACUGCAACAGAGUAUGGCAUCAUACUCCGUGGAUCAGGGACUAUUCAAGUUGUGUUUCCCAACGGUACAGCUGCCAUGAAUGCUAAGGUGUCAGAAGGGGAUGUCUUCUGGAUCCCUCGUUAUUUCCCCUUCUGCCAGAUUGCAUCCGACGGAGCACCGCUUGAGUUCUUUGGCUUCACCACAUCAGCGAGAAAGAAUAGGCCGCAAUUCCUCGUCGGGAAGAGCUCACUGCUGCAUGGCAUGAGGGGUCCGGAGCUUGCGGCGGCAUUCGGGGUGAGCGAGGAGCAGCUGGAGAGGCUCGUCAAAGCGCAGCGGGAGGCGGUCAUACUUCCGACUUCGCCUCAUCGAGAAAUGGAGGAAAGUGGGAAGAAGUGGAAGGGGGAGGAGGUGUUGGUGAUGAAGAGGGGGCUCUUUGCAUGAGCUUAAUUGCUACGCUUAGCUCUCUUUUGGGAUUUCUGUUUUCUUUCGUUUGUUAUUGGUUUUAGUUUUCUACUUUUAUCGUUAGGGCGUUGUUGACAGGUUUUGUUAUUUUGACAAAGCUUUUUGAAUUCCAUAAAUUAUCUAAAAAUGAUGUUCCAUCUUUUUCUAGUCUAAA